UGUUCACUUUUGGAUUUUACAUUAGCAGUUGAUGUCAUUAAAGAUGUCCGCAGCAAAGAAAAGUGUAUGUGUUAUUGGCGCAGGUCCAUGUGGAAUGUCAGCACUAUAUCACUUUGGCAACACGGAUGGCGGGAAAGAUGUUGAUGUCGUCUGCUACGAAAAGCAAAGCACCUGGGGAGGACUUUGGAAUUUUUCGUGGCGUACAGGAAAUGAUGAAUUUGGAGAACUUUGCCACAAUGGUAUGUACAAGAAUCUGUGGUGUAACUCGCCGAAGGAGACAAUAGAGUUCCCGGAUUAUACAUAUGAGGACCACUUUGGUAAAGCCAUACCAUCAUAUCCUCCCAGGCCAGUACUGAGAGAUUAUCUAGAAGGUAGGAGUUACAGAAAAAGCUUCAUUUAUAGUUCUAUCAUCCCAGCAUUUGGGGGGGUUAAAUUCAAAUGUAAUUCUUUCUCGUUUAUGGAAGAUGAGUUGAGACUCCAAUCUUCUUUGUCAAUGUACCCGGACAACCUGUACAAGGGAACCCUGUGGCUGGGUGGUGGAGGCAACAAACUCUUCUACAUGGGCAUCCAAGACCAAUACUACAGUUAUACUAUCUAUGACGCCCAGGGACUGUGGACAUGCAAGUACAUUCUCGGACAGAUACCGAACGAACCGAAAUCCAUGCAUGAGAUGAAAGUCAGUGUCAAAGAAUGGCGGGGAAAAUGUUCCAAACUAAAAUCAGUCCACGACGAUAUCGACUUUCAGACGGAAGUCCUCACUGACUGGUGUAAAGAUACAGGGUACCCUACCGACGCCACCAAAGCUGGUAAAUUGCUGCACGAAUGGGAACAACACAAAGUUGAGAAUAUUGUUACCUACAGGGAUCAGUGUUUCACAUCGGUGUUUACAGGGACAAAAUCACCUAAACAUUCUGUUCCGUGGUGGAAAGCGUUCGACGAUAGUAUUGAUGCCUUUGUGAAAUAAAAACAGUGAUGUAAAACAGUGAAGUAAAUACAGUGAACAAUAUAUUUUCAACAUUUGUUCAAUGUUACUUUCUUUCUCGUUCAAAGAGGAAUUGGUUGAACUUGAACUGAAAUGGACUUUGAGCAUAUAUUGAAGGAUAUUGGUUGUUUAUAGACAGAGUUAGUUAUGAGAUAUACCAGAUUUUCUAGUUAGUUGUAUAACCAUCAUGUAUCCCAUCAAAUAUAUUUGCUGUUUAUAUAUGCAUGUCAAGA